CAAAGAGAAAAAAACAUAAAUUGUCGUCUUUUAAUUUGUUUAAAAAAAAAAAUGUCAUGUCUGUGUAUGAGUGCGCCUGCGGGUACCGAUAGAUUCCUAGUUAGGAAUGUUUCUAGGGUUCUACCCUUUGACUCAAGAUGGACCAUACUGUUCCAAGAGAGAAAGACGUUGAAUUUGACCUUGAAUGUGGUGGGAACUCUAGCGAUGAGGAUGUAGGCAACGAUCUUUAUGUUAGUGAUAGAGAAUCAAAGGGUGCUUUUGGUUGGGCGUGGAAUGGGAUUUUGAAUGUUGAUGGAUCAUAUAAGGGUAAAAGUGGGACUGAGUCAUGUAGCAAUUCAGCAAAAUCUGGUGAUGUUGUGGUUAUGGAUGAAAAUAAUGUGGAAUUGCUUGUGGACAAGGGUUUUGUCCAACACCAAUUUUCCAAUGUAAAUGGUAAUCAUGCAAAACAGAAGACUAAGCUCUUUAUCCCCAAAAAGCCUCCAAAGCCACCCCUGCCUCCAAGAGGUCCUUCACUGGAUGCUGGUGAUCAGAAGUUUAUGGAGGAACUUGCGGAGCUCGCCUUGCAGAAGCGUGCAAGGGUUAAGAAAAUGAAAGCAGUGAGAAAGAUGAAAGCGAGCAAGUCCUCAUCGUCAUCAUCAACAUAUACCAGUCUUUAUGCCAUGGUCAUCACUGUUUUCUUCUUCCUUGUCAUAAUACUUCACGGAAUCAGAUCUGCAAAUAGUGCUGCCGUUGGGUUAAUGGAUUCCCCUGAGGCAACAAUUGCAGGAAAUGAGGGUUUGAUUUCAAUUCAGUAUCCCCCAGACUUCAAUAGAAAUGAAGGAGAUGCACCUGGCUCUCGCAAUCCAUGUGUGUAUUUUCUUUUUUUUUCACAACUAUGUAAUUGAAGGAAAUUUUAUGUACUCUACGGUAAUGGACUAAUGGGAAUAUAUCAAAAUUGAAGCAAUCUGAUUCUUUUCCUACUGUUUUGUACUAUUGCAGUUCAGCAGAAAAGAUAAUGUGGAAAUUUUGAAGGUUCUUUCCCUUUCAAUGUGAUUUUAGGCUAUUCUUUUAAUAGUUUGGAUUAUGUAUGUGUUGUUGUACAGCCAUUAGGAAUCUUAGCCAUUUGUUAAGUUUGCUUGUACAGUGACUUGAUUGGUAAUGCUAAUUAAAAAAAAAAAGAGUUUUGCUUAUAAA